AACAUAAACUACUCUCCUCGAAACUCACCCCAAAAUCGCCAUUGCCUCUGGUUCUCUCCUUCUUCCAAACCCUAGCUCUCUCUCUACUUUCUCUCUCUACAAUGGAGGAACGCCAAUCGCAGGCAGCGUCGGAAGAAGAAUUCUACGAGAAGAUCGAGGCCCCCAAGUUCGUGGACUUCACAAGGCCCGAUCUACCCCGCCCCGACGACCGUUACUGGUUCUGCUUGCGCGUCGGGUGUGACCAGAAGCAUGAAGAAGAAAUGGACCAUGAAGCAAUUUACAAAGAUUUUGUUCUCCGGGUCAUGGCCGCCAGGAGUCCCAAUGUAAGAUUACGGAAAAUGCUGAACAGAAAAGCUCCAAGUACAACUAUGAAGUGCCCUCUUUCAGCUCCAGCAAAGCCUUCGAAGUCUAGAUUGUCGAGGUUAGCCGUGAUUUCUUCAUUUUCUCAAAAGAUAACUGAGGCCAAGGUGAAAGGCUCAAAACCAGAGGUAAAGCAAUCUUCUGUUGUGGUCAAGGCCUUGACUACACCAAGGAACAAGAAGUGCCCCCAAAAUCGAAACUCGUUUCGAAGUGUUAGGAACCCAAAAGCAACAACCAUUGCUGUUCCAAAGAAUAGAGUGGUAGCGAAGGCUCUGGUCUUUCACUCUCCAAAGAAGCCUAGACAGAAGAAAACUUCAUUAGAGUUGCAUACUCCUGUAAGCAAGAUUUGUCAAGGGAUGAAGCAGCUUGAGAUAACCAGCCAAAGGAAGCGUGUGUUAGGGUAUUCUGUCAAAUCAUCAAGGGACAUUGAAUGUGAUCCAAACAAACAAUUGCCUUCAGAUACUUCAAGAAGAAAAUUUGGCACUCGAAAGGUCAAGAGUCGGGUUUAUGAUUCAUUGCAUUUGCAAAACUGCAAGGGCAGAGAAGACAAAUCUUCAAGAUGCCCAAAGAGCAAAAGCAAGGUAGAAGACUUGCAGAAAUGUAAUGGUUCUUUGCCUCAUGAAGGGGUUGAAAAUGAUUCUAGUGACAUGGAGAUUGAUGAGAAACCAAGGGACAACUCUAUCGAUGGGAGCUCAUUAUCAUGCACUUCUAAGAGUUAUGAAAAUGGACAUGAAAAGGAGCCAUCACAGAUUGUGCAUUCAGAUGUAGCAUUAUCAGACACCUCCAAGGGUGACAUGAACUCAAAUUCAGAAGAAAACAAUUUCUCAGAAUUCCAAACUCUAAGUGAAGAGGGCACCAAGAGCAGUGGAGGAAGUGAUGUUGAUGUGAAAACAGAAUCAAGCUCCCUAUCAGAUUCUGAAGACAGGGUUUCAGAACAAAAGAACAUGCGCCAAUUCCAAACUCAAACUGGAGAGGGAAAUGAGAGUAGUGGGGGAAGUGAACAUGAAGAGAAAAAAAAAUCAAGUUCAAGGAAGAGGAGAUUUUUGGAAGAUCAUCCUCCUAAAAAUCAAAUUUCAGAAGAAGCAGGGCACCACAGUGAAGACAAGGAGAGCAAUGAAAACAAAAAUACUUCAGCUUCUGAUUCAGAAGAGGCAGGACACAACAAUGAAGUUAAGGAGGAGAGUGAUGAAAAGGAAAAUGCUUCAGCCUCUGAUGAUAAAGAAAACAACAGUGAAGCAAUGGAGAAUGAUGACAAAGAAAAUGCUUCAGCGUCUGAUGAUAACAGAAAAUUGAAGAGUAAUAAGGAUCAUUGUGAAAGGAAACUUCUUGGCAGGCAUGGGGUUGGUGGAACCAUGAAGAAGGUAACUCAACUGCUGGAUAGGACUUGUAAAGAAAGCUUUAAUCCAGCAGCUGCUGGUACUCAAAGUGUGAAGUGCAAACCAAAGCCGACGAACCCCAAACCUUUCAGGCUAAGAACAGAUGAAAGAGGAAUCCUAAAGGAAGCAAAAUUGGAGAGGAGACUUCAUGGUCUUGCACCUCUGAAGGAAACCACAGCAGUUUCAAGGUUUCCUAGUGUAAAUUCGCAGAGAAGGAAUGGAAUUGAUAUCCAAUUUGUUUUUGUCUCUGAUUUUCAGAGAAAUGAAAAGUGCCCUGGACAAGAAGCUAGAUGCAGAAGUAACACACAUGACAAAGGCAGUGAAAAAGAAUCAGAGAAAAUAACUCAAAACCAGCCUACCAAAACUGCAUGCAAGAAUUCAAAAGGAAAAGUGGAACCAAGAAUAGAUACAGUAACCCCACAAAGACAGACUGUUUUCAAAUGCCCAGAACCCUACCUCAUGACUCCACCACUGAAAAGUGACAAAGAAGAUGCACCUCAAAGCAGCUCAAGGAAGACCAAAUCAUCAUUGCUGCAGAAAAAGCUCGUCAGGCCUCAGGGGAUUGCUUCAAGUAGUAAGGCAAUGGUUUCUCUCAUGAAAACUGUUCAACUUGGUGUGAUUAAGGAGACAUCAUCAACGAUCUCAGCCCCCAAGGAAGCCAGAAAGCCAUGGGAGAGAAGUGUCAUCUCAGCAACCAAAGCUCCUUCUGCUACCAGGUCUUCUUCACGUGGAAGAAGACCUACAACCAUUCCAAAGGAGCCAAACUUCCAUAGCAUUCAUACACCAAAGAGCUGCACAAAGAAAUUGGCUUAGGCGAUUUUGCCAUCAUGGAACUACUCUGUUGGAUGUAUGAUAUCUGCUUUUUGUUCAAUUGUUUCAUUGAAUUAUAUUUCCUUGCUCCAAUUCAGCUUGCAUCUGGUCUGUCUUAUUUUAAAAAAAAUUAAUUUGUUGUUGAGCUUUGGCCAAAAUUUGUUGUGUAACCUUUGCUGUACUGGAAUCUUUUCAUAUUUUUUCACAAGAGAGGCAAUAAUAUAUUUGAUCAGUUUUUCCCUUUA